UCAAAAUAAGAGAAAAUUAAAGGCGACGAUAAAGCCCGCGGCCAAUGCCCAAAGCAAUGAUUGAUCGACAUCCUCUCUGCACACUUGCUUCCAACUAUCCAACCCACCUCUCUCUCCUCUGCGCCGGGUGGCUUCCACCGUCUGCAUAGGUAUCCACCUCUCAUCUACUCGGCUUCUUGAUGUACGGUGGAAAAUGCAGAGCCUCUCUCAUUGGCUCCCUCAUUCUAUCUCUCCUAUCUCUCUUCAUAGCCUUUUCCACCGCCUGCUCUAAUGGCAAUUGUCAGCUUCUGGAAUCAUGCUCAGCGUCCACGGAUUGCGGGCCAGGCCUCUACUGUGGUAACUGCCCUGCUUUGGGCAGGACGCAACCUAUCUGCACCAGAGGUCUAGCCACCAUUCCAUCAUCGAUUAUUAAUGGAUUACCUUUCAACAAGUAUACGUGGAUAAUGACCCAUAAUUCAUUCAGCAUCGUUGAUGCACCACCGCUGCCUGGCGUGCAGAGGCUAACAUUUUACAAUCAAGAAGACUCCGUGACCAACCAAUUGAGAAAUGGAGUGAGGGGACUGAUGUUGGAUAUGUACGACUUCGAGAACGAUAUCUGGCUCUGCCAUUCCUUCCGGGGACAAUGCUUCACCUUCACCGCAUUUCAACCUGCAAUAAAUACUUUGAACGAAGUCGAAGCAUUCUUGACAGAAAACCCAACAGAGAUCAUCACCAUAAUAAUUGAAGACUACGUGCAUUCUCCAAAAGGAUUGACUAAUCUAUUUACCAGAGCUGGACUGGAUAAAUAUUGGUUUCCUGUGUCUAAGAUGCCAAAAAAAGGUGAAGAUUGGCCCACUAUAACGGAGAUGGUUCAAGCAAACUACCGUCUUCUUGUUUUCACUUCCAUUGCUUCAAAGGAAGCUGAAGAAGGAAUAGCUUAUCAGUGGAAGUACAUGGUCGAAAAUGAGCCUGGAGAUCCUGGAGUUCAACAGGGAUCUUGCCCGCAUAGAAAAGAAUCAAAGCCAUUAAAUUCUAGAAGUGCUUCACUUUUCUUGCAGAAUUACUUUCCAACCUAUCCGGUUGAAGCUGAUUCAUGCAAAGAGCAUUCUGCUCCACUUGCUGCGAUGGUUAAUACGUGUUACAGAGCUGCAGGAAACAUGCUGCCCAACUUUAUAGCCAUUAAUUUUUACAUGAGAAGUGAUGGAGGUGGUGUUUUUGAUGUUGUGGAUAAAAUGAAUGGCCAUGCAUUGUGCGGGUGUAGUACCAUUACAGCUUGCCAGGCUGGAGUGCCUUUCGGUACCUGCAAGAACAUUGCGGUACCCAGUACAAGUCCAGUGACCAAUACCUCUGGAAGCUUUGGAAGCUUUACUGGAUCUGUUCAGUUUACCAGAUCUGCUUCACCGGCUCAUUGUCCAAAUUAUAUGCUAUUCUUACUUCGCUUCCCACUUGUAGCAGUUUUGCUACUACUAUGAUAUUAGUCUUGUUGUAUGUUAUAUCGGAGGUAAUUUUUCACUGCUGUCUUGCUUCAACCUGUGAAAUUUCAUGAGACAAAAAUGUUGGAUUGAUGAAGCAAUAUACAUGGAUAUGUGCUGUCAUCUAAGGAAUACAGUGAUGAGGAGAGAGUGAAUUUUUUCUGGAGCUUGAAGUGUUUUAGGUUCAAUACCCCGGCAUCAUUAGUGAAAACGACAGAAUAUGAAUGGGAUAAGUUUAGAAUGGGUGGCUCUCGGUCAUUGUCAAAUUGUGAUCCCAAUAUCCUAGCAAUUAACAAACUUGUUUUGAGUUUCUUUCCUCUCUGAUAACUUGGUUCUUCCAUUUCUCCUAAAGUCGGGAGUUGGUACAAUCAAGUCUUAAGGUUUGAAUGCCUCAUAACAAAUUUAGAACACAAACCUCUCUUUGUCUAUCAGAGGAACUUGUAGGAGGUUUAACUCGUAUGGCUUAUUAAAUGAGAACAUCAUCGAGAUUUGUUUUGAGAUUCA